UCCUGUGACAACUCUCUUCUCUCACAACAUCCGAGGUCUACCGGGAAUCCCUCUGUAUAUUAAUCCUCCCUCAUACUACUUCUCCAUCCAAACAUUUCAUCUCUUCCUGUCUUUGUCUUGCGCAUUAUACCCAGUCCUCAACUUCUUUACUACAUCACCCUCAGUUACAUCAUAGCAAAAAUGGGCGUCACCGACCGCAUUAUUCAGAUUGGAGGCCAGAUCUCUGGCAACCCGACCGCUGGCGGUCGCGAGAAGAUCCUCCAGAAGAACCCUGAUGAUAUCGUUGUCACCGCCGCCUGCCGAAGCGCAUUCACCAAGGGUGGCCGUGGUGGUUUCAAGGACACCCACGCUGCUGACUUGAUGGCCGGAGUCCUCAAGGCUAUCCUCGACCGUUCAAAGAUCAACCCCGCGCUCGUCGAGGACCUAUGUGUCGGCACUGUGCUUGCCCCCGGUGGUGGUGCGACUGAGAUGCGAGCUGCCAGCUUGGUCGCCGGCUUCCCCGAGUCCAUCGCCGUCCGAACCCUCAACCGACAGUGCUCUUCUGGUCUCCAGGCCACCGUCGAUGUCGCCAACCAGAUCAAGACUGGCAUGAUCGAUAUCGGUAUUGGUGCUGGUGUUGAGAGCAUGUCCAUCAACUACGGUCCCGGUGCUGUCGGUGAGUUCUCUGAGGAGUUCGAAAAGGUCCCCGAGGCUGCCAACUGCAAGGUCCCUAUGGGUGUUCUGUCUGAGCAGAUGGCCAAGGAUCUUGGUAUCACCCGACAGGCGCAAGACACUUUCGCCGCCUCAUCAUACCAGAAGGCCCUCAAGGCCCAAAAAGAGGGUCUCUUUGACGAGGAGAUUGCUCCCCUCAAGGUCAAGUUCGAGGACAAGGAGGGUAACACCAAGGAAAUCACCGUCUCCAAGGAUGACGGUGUCCGAGAGGGCAUCACCGUCGAGUCCCUCGGCAAGAUCCGCCCUGCCUUUGCCAAGGAUGGAUCCAUCCACGCUGGUAACGCCAGUCAGAUCUCUGAUGGUGCCGCUGCUGUUCUUCUCAUGAAGCGAUCUACCGCUGAGAAGCUCGGACAAAAGAUCAUCGGCAAGUACGUCUGCGCUUCAAUUGUCGGUGUCAAGCCCCUCCUUAUGGGUCAGGGUCCCUGGAAGGCUAUCCCCAAGGCUCUCGACCUCGCUGGUAUCUCCAAGGAUGAUGUCGACAUCUGGGAGAUCAACGAGGCUUUUGCCAGCCAGUGCUUGUGGUGCGCCAAUGAGCUGGGUAUUCCUCAAGAGAAGAUCAACCCCAAGGGAGGUGCCAUUGCCUUUGGUCACCCUCUGGGUUGCACCGGUGCCCGACAAGUCUCUACCCUACUAUAUGAGCUGAAGAGAACUGGCCAGAAGGUCGGCGCGACAUCUAUGUGUGUAGGAACUGGUAUGGGUAUGGCUGCCAUCUGGGUGGCCGAGUAAGAAUGUACUAUUAUAAUCAGCAUUUAUGAAGCACAUUUGUAUUUAUUUCAAUCUACAUCUUGUUUAGAAACCGUCU